CUUCCUUUGACCCCCCUCUCCCCCUCCACUGAAGAAAGCAAGAGGGACAUAGGAGAGAGGAGAGAGAGGAAGAGGGAGAGAGGAGAGAAAGACUGAGAGACUCGAUCUCUGACCACUGAAGAAACUCCUAUUCCCCCUUUCCCCCAGCCUACGGGACCAUGUCCAAGCCCACCGACCAUAUCAAAAGACCCAUGAAUGCUUUCAUGGUAUGGUCCCGGGGCCAAAGACGGAAGAUGGCCCAGGAGAACCCCAAGAUGCACAACUCAGAGAUCAGCAAACGUCUAGGGGCCGAGUGGAAAUUGCUCUCCGAAGCGGAGAAGCGCCCCUACAUCGAUGAGGCCAAGAGGCUUCGUGCCCAGCACAUGAAGGAACACCCAGACUACAAAUACCGGCCGCGACGUAAGCCCAAGAACCUGCUCAAGAAGGACAGGUACGUCUUCCCUUUACCUUACCUCGGAGAAACUGAUCCCCUCAAGGCAGCCGGCCUGCCCGUGGGCACCACGGACAGUCUCCUCGGCUCUCCCGAGAAAGCCAGAGCGUUCCUGCCCCCCACCUCGGCACCUUACUCCCUCCUGGACCCCAGUCAGUUUAGUUCCAGCGCCAUCCAGAAGAUGACUGAGGUCCCUCACACCUUGGCGACCAGCACGCUGCCCUACGCGUCCACCUUGGGCUACCAAAAUGGGGCUUUCGGCAGUCUCAGCUGCCCCAGCCAGCACACCCAUACCCACCCGUCCCCUACCAACCCGGGCUAUGUGGUGCCCUGUAACUGUACUGCCUGGUCGGCGUCCAGUUUGCAGCCCCCAGUUGCUUACAUCCUCUUCCCGGGCAUGACCAAGACUGGAAUAGACCCUUAUUCUUCAGCCCACGCGACGGCCAUGUAACCCCUUUGAUUCCCACCCUGCUCCCAUCUUCGCCCCCCUCCCCGGACCUUAUCCCAGCCGAAAGCAGUCGGACCAUUUUGGGAUGCGGGGGCAGGGGAGGGGUGGCUGGGGGUUGCAUGUGUUAUUAUCCGCCCUAUGCUCCCUUGCCCUUCCAGCCCACCUGAGCCACUGGCGCCCGCUCCACCCUGUUCCAAGGGCGAGGACUCCUCUGUAACUACAGAAAUUUGGCGGAUCCAAACCCCUGCCGGCCCCCCUUACAACUUUUCCUUUCUUCGCCUGAGGGUGGAAGGAGGAAGGGGAGGGGGGGGAUGGGGAGUCCUCACUGGAUUCAAGGCUCAGACAGGUGCCAGAAACUUGAAAGUGUUUUGACAACCACUCAAGCCCCCAAUACCCCCAACAAACAAAACAAACCUUUGACUGGACCCCCUUUGGACAAAAGAGUAGGCAGUUUCGCUUUUAUUUAUGUUUUCUUCUAUAUUCUCGGAUGUGCUUUGAACUUUAAUCUUACAGGCCCUGGUAUUAUAUAUAUAUAGAAAUAUACAUAUAUUUUUUUCUUUUGCACACUGAAGAAAGAAUUAGCUGUGUCAUAUCUGUGUUUACCAUCAGACAGGACUAGGCGCCAUUUGCUUUCCAUGUCAAAAUUUCAAACGGCUUAAAAGUUUAAAACAACACAAGAGGGAAAUAUUUCUAUUUCAAACCAUGAUAUGAUAGUGUUUGCUUCUUUAAAUGAAAAUUAAAAGAACCCACAUAGUCUUUAAAUUUGUGUGAACCAGUGCAGCUAGACCUAAGUUUACUUUAGACAGAACAUUGGGUUAUGAAGUCAGGAUGUAGAAUCAUAAAGAUUUUUUUUAAAAGCAAAAAAAAAAAUCCUAAGUGGUCAUUGAAAUAUGUUUUUGAUGAUGUCUUGGAAAAGAAAAUGUACCCAGAAGGAUUUUACCUCUUUAC